AUAAUUAUACCUACGGAAGUUCUCAACUGAAUAUACGGAGUCUGCUAGCUGUCUCCCCCCGUUUGUGUCUUUUUUUCUGCUCUUGCUGCUGUUGAUUGAGAGGAGAGAGAGAUGCGGGGUAGCUCCACGAUUCUCUUGUUGGCACUGUGGAUGUCUCUGGCGUCUGCCCAAGAUAUCUAUGUGAGACUCACAAACACGGUCACCCAGGGACCUGGAAGUCAGUACGAAGGAAGGGUGGAGGUGUACUACAGUGGCCAAUGGGGUACUAUCUGCAGUCGUGGCUUCGAUUGGGAAGACGCACACGUCAUUUGCGUCAUGGCCGGCUUUGGUACCGCUGUCCGUCCCGUCACUGAUGGCUUCUAUGGACCUGCAAACAGCAAUGUACCCAUUCUCCUGGAAGAUGUUGGGUGUAACGGAACCGAGACGUCUCUCGUCAACUGUGAUGUGACAUGGAACAGAGUCGGAUCGGAAUGCGGUCACAAGAAUGACUCUGGUGUCGUCUGCACCGAUGAUUUUGCAGUACGACUGGUGGACGGUGAUGUUCCAUAUCGAGGUCGAGUCGAAGUCUACCAUGAUGGCGAAUGGGGCAGCAUUUGCGACGAUUUUUUCGGUUUCGAGGAAGCUGUUGUCAUCUGUCACGAACUAGGGUUCCCUGGAGCUGAUGACUCUCAUGGAGGAGGAGCAUUCCCUGGAGGAAACGGGCUGAUUUGGAUGGACAAUCUCCAGUGCACGGGUCACGAGACGUCCAUUGCGGAGUGUACCUUCCCCGGAUGGGGGAGUCACAACUGCAGACAUACUGAAGACGCUGGCGUUACUUGCACUCCAGCCUCUCACAAUCCAUUCACCUACGUCCCUAUUCGUCUCAACAAUGGAUCCGCCAACUCAAACUCCACCGGUGGAGAUUUGCAGUUCGGUAGAGUUGAGAUGUUCAUCAACAACACGUGGGGUACAGUAUGUGACGACGGAUGGGGAAUUGAAGAUGCCGACAUUGCCUGCAGACAACUUGGUUUCUUCGGUGCCUUGCUAGCGUCGAGUCGCUCGGAGUACGCCCAAGUGGCGCCCUCCACGGUCCCCAUUUACUGGGACGAAGUUCUGUGCCACGGAGACGAAGUGGCCCUCAGCGAGUGUCACCACAGGACCACUGGCGUCCAUGACUGCUCUCACUAUGAAGAUGCUGGCGUCUUCUGUACCAUCGGCGACAUAGUACCAGAUGCUCCUCGAGUCCGCCUCGCCAUAAACAACAACGGAAGUCUCGACGAGGGCGGUCACCCAUUCGAAGGCCGCGUAGAAGUCAACUUUUACGGAGUCUGGGGAACUAUUUGUGAUGACUACUGGAAUUUGGCCGACGGCGACGUCAUUUGCAGGAUGUUGGGGUACACGUAUGCGGAUGAGGUGGGGUACAGUGCCGUGUUUGGUACCGGAACGGGACCGAUCUGGAUGGACGAUGUCCAGUGCGAGGGAACGGAAGACAGGAUUGACCAAUGCGACUUCCCUGGCUGGGGCGUUCACAACUGCUACCACUUCGAGGACGCCUCCGUUGUCUGCUCGAACCGACAGCCAGGUAGUGAUGUGAGGCUGGUCGGAGGUUCCAGUUCAAUGGAAGGCCGCGUCGAAGUUCUCCACGAAGAAGUGUGGGGUAAGUCACCGGGGUAUGGAGUAAGUCGCCGGGGUAUGGGGUAAGUCACCGGGGGUAUGGGGUAAGUUACCGGAGUAUGGGGUAAGUCGCUGAGGUAUGGGGUAAGUCACCGGGGUAUGGGGUUCAUUUCGGAGGUGUCCUUGGAGACACACUCUCUAUCUCCCUCCCAAGGAACGGUAUGUGGCGAUGACUGGGGAUCUGAAGAUGCGCAGGUCGUCUGCCACCAACUCGGUUUCUAUGGCACCGCUACGGCCGUACGAGGCACGCAGUUCAGCUUUGCGUCGUUGAGCCAACCGAUCUGGUUGGACGACGUGGGGUGCACGGGGUCAGAGAUGUAUCUGUCCGAGUGCAGCCACAGUGGCUUUGGAAAUCAUGACUGCUACCACUACCAAGACGCUGGCGUCGUCUGUCAAGGUUCGCCAUUUGCGAUUCCUGUUCGUCUCUCGAAUGGAACUCGACCGAAUGAGGGAACUGUAGAAAUAUUCUACCAGAACAGAUGGGGCACUAUUUGUGAUAUUUUCUGGACGCUUCAAGACGCCAACGUAGUCUGCAGACAACUCGGAUAUGACGGUGCCUACAAUGCUACUCACAGCUCCUACUAUGGCGACAGUGGGCUCACAACUGUCAUGGCGUACACCGAUUGCUUCGGACAAGAAAGCCAGCUGGCAAACUGCACCGGUUUCAGUUACUCUCCGUACAUACCUCAGUGGUACUGCAACGACAGCACUAUAGCUGGAGUCAUGUGCAUCGGAAUGGAGGAGGGCCCGCCGCCGAUCCGUCUGGUGGGAGGGUCGGUGGCCAACGAGGGAAGGGUGGAGAUUUUGGUCCAGGGGCAGUGGGGCACGAUAUGCGACGACAUCUGGGACCCGGCAGACGCCGAGGUGGUGUGCCGACAGCUGGGCUAUCUCGCCGAGGGAGCCGCGGCACUCCAGUUUGCUCAUUUCGGAGAGGGAUCGGGUCCAAUUGUACUGGACGAUGUGAACUGCACUGGACUUGAGCUGUACGUGACUGACUGCCCCAACUCUGGGUUUUACCUCCACAACUGUGCCCACUCAGAGGAUGCUGGAGUUCGCUGCAACUCUCGCGGUCCUCAGAAUGACUACACUUAUCCAAUAAGACUAGUCACAAAUGGGACGAUCACACCCCCCAACGAGGGGACGGUGGAAAUCCUUCACAAUGGAACCUGGAGCGCCAUUUGCGAUGAUUACUGGGGUUACUCUGAGGCCGCCGUUGCCUGCCAUAUGCUGGGCUUCGCAACUGCAGUUCGCGCAUAUAUCAGAUCAUUUCAUGGACCAGUAGACGGUGAUACGUUCCUGGACAACGUCCGCUGUGCCGGGACCGAGAGAGAGAUAUUUGAAUGCUCUCAUAGCUCUAGUAUCAGCAGAAACUGUGACAAAACUCAACAAGCUGGAGUCUCCUGCACCAACUACACAGCCAGUGAGUAUCCAAUAAGACUGGUAGGAGGCAGUGACCCACACGAGGGAAGAGUGGAGAUAUACUAUCAAGGAGAGUGGGGGACUGUUUGUGACGACAGCUGGGGACAACAGGAUGCCGAUGUGGUAUGCCACCAACUGGGCUACGCAAACGCCAGUCGCGCAACAGUCAGGGCGGAGUUUGGUCAGGGCACAGGCGAGAUCUGGCUCGACAAUGUCGCCUGUACCGGUUACGAAAACUCGCUUGACGAGUGUCGUAACAACGGCUGGGGCGACCAUAACUGCAUACAUAGAGAAGACGCCGGAGUUGUUUGUCAAGGCGAGCUACUUCCGAUUCGUCUAAGAGACGGCCACUCGGAAAUGGAGGGCAGGGUUGAGGUGUACUACAACGGCAUGUGGGGGACGGUGUGCGACGAUUAC